AUGGAGACGGAGACGCUCUCCUUCCGACGGCGGUCGUCUGUGUUCCAGCAGCGUCGUCUUUCUGUCGAUUUCAAGAAGAAUUCAUGGUCUGCGCCUCCUUCUGGGAACAUCUAUGCCGGCCUCUCGGUAUUAUUUACCGACGACGGACAAGCUACCAUCGCCCUGGCCAUUCGUGACGUAACGUACCUCCUCGAAUUCAUUCAAGAGAAAGUCCCUCGAAAAGACAAUAAGCCUCUUUCUCAAGCGAUAAGCGACUUCGUCGUGCAGCAAUUACUGAAAUUCAGUGAGAAACACCUCGAAAAGUUCAUCGGAUUGGCAUUGCCACAGCAUCUCGCAGAUGCAUGCCCAGGUCUCUGUUCGCGCCUAUGGGCUGAGCUGGACGUCAUACCACUGGUGCUUCCCGAGGAGAUGCGGAAAGAGAAUGAGCCGUCCAAGCAGCCUCUUCCAACCUAUCCAGGUUGGGAGACCAGAUCGCUCGAUGAACAAGCAGAGUCUAUGGGACGGAAAUGUGUCAGACUUUUUGGCCCGGAAAACAUCCCAUUGCUGCAAGUUGGGUUUCUAGGUUUGGUCGAGGUCGAUACGGCCUUUCACGUACGCUUGACCGAUCUGGACGACUUUAAGAAGACGGUCAGACCUCGCACAUGGAGUGCUGUGGAGCAUUGGGCUUCCGACAUUAAAGAAAGGAACGUCAAGAUAGCCUUCUUCAGUGCCACCCCUCAAGGUGGAGGUGUAGCCCUCAUGAGGCAUGCUCUUGUGAGGUUUGCGUAUUCAUUGGGAACUGAUAUUAAAUGGUACGUACCAAAACCACGACCAGGUGUCUUCCGUAUUACGAAGACGAACCACAACAUUCUGCAAGGUGUCUCAAACCCUGGAGACCGGUGCACAGAGGAGGACUGGGAAAAGGUCACGGACUGGAUCCAGGAGAACGCAAGGAGGUACUGGUUGAGACCGGGAGGACCGUUACGGCCCCCAUCAGAAGGAGGCGCCGAUGUGAUUAUCAUGGACGACCCUCAGAUGCCAGCAUUGAUUCCCAUUGCGAAGGAAAUGGCGCCGGAUAGACCCGUCAUCUUCCGGAGCCACAUUCAGAUCCGAAGCGAUCUGAUUGCCAAGCCGGACACGCCUCAGGCGGAAGCAUGGGGCCGGAUGUGGGAACUGAUCAAGCAGGCCGACCUGUUCAUCUCUCAUCCGGUGAGCUCAUUCGUACCGAAGAACGUGCCUAAAGAGAUCGUGGGUUAUAUGGGAGCAACCACAGAUUGGCUAGAUGGCCUGAAUAAAAACAUGCGGGACUGGGAUAUGGCGUAUUAUGGCCGCGUCUUCAAUGCCGCCUGCAGGAACUCUGGCAUGCCUGUGAUAAACGUCCCUGAAGACGAGUACAUCGUCCAAAUCGCCCGCUUUGAUCCCUCCAAGGGCAUCUUUGAUGUUGUGGAAUCUUACGAGAAAUUCUACAAUCGCCUGACCUCCGCGUAUCCGGAAAAGAAGCCUCCAAAGCUGUUGAUUUGCGGACACGGCUCGAUCGAUGACCCUGAUGGUUCGCUCAUUUACGAUGCUGUUGUGUCUCACAUUGAGCAUAAUAUCCCCUACUUGAUCGAUCAAAUCUCUGUUAUGCGACUGGGACCAUCGGACCAGGUACUGAACGCGCUAAUGUCCAAAGCCAAAGUGGCUUUGCAAUUAUCCACGCGGGAAGGAUUCGAAGUUAAGGUCUCAGAGGCGGUUCAUAAAGGAACGCCUAUCAUUGCGACCAGGGCGGGCGGCAUCCCUCUGCAGGUUGAGAAUAACAAGAACGGUUUCCUGGUUGACGUUGGAGACACGGACGCCGUGGCCGAUCACCUGUUCAAGCUGUUUGCGAAUGAAGAGUUCUAUGGGGAGAUGAGCCGUUACGGGACCAAGAACGUAUGCGAUGAAGUAAGCACCGUCGGCGGUGCGUUGAACUGGCUCUACCUCGCGUCCAAGAUGUCCAAGCACGAACCUGUCAAACCCGAUGGCCGGUUCAUCAACGAUAUGGCUCGCGAAGAGGCGGGCUUCCCGUAUGAGCCCGACGAGAGCCGGUUGACCAGGGCAGUUGAGGUGGAAAAGAUGGGUUGA